AUGACGCUCUUCAUUCCUCGUCUGGAAAAGGUGUCGAAGAAGACGCGGAACUCGAGUAUGUGAGAGAAGAGAGGAAAGAUGAGUCUCUCACAGAAACAGAGUGUAAGAUCAGGAUCACAUGUGUCCAGCUCUGUGUCUGUGAAGAGUGACUGGUCAAAGGAUGCAGGACCAGUCUUCAGUGAAGAAACAGCAUCACGAACCAAACGGCUUCAGUAUGAAACAUUAGAUCCAGAUUUACAGUAUCACAGGAACCACAAGAAUUUUACAGACAGUCUCCUGCAGAUCUUCCAGGAUCUUGAGAGCAAAAUAAUCACAUUUCUGAAGAAAGAACUGGAAAAGUUUAAGAAAAUUUACAAAGAGGACAUGCAGUACUUUGUGAAGGACUUUAAUGAGAACAGAUGCAGUAUGAAAGAAGCAGCUCUUGAUCUCACGCUCAGCUUCCUGAGAGAGAUGAAGCAAGAUGAAGCUGCUGAUACUCUAGAAGGUAAGAGACUCAUGAUCAUCUGUCAGAUUGUCAAUUAUAAAUGUAGAGAGAGAAAGAAGUAUCAAUGUGUGUUUGAAGGAAUUGCAAAGCAAGGUGACUCUUCACUUCUGAAGAACAUCUACACAGAUCUCUAUAUCACUCAGGGUUGUAGUGAACAGGUCAAUACUGAACAUGAGGUGAGACAGAUUGAAGUUGCUUCCAGACGUCAUGAAUCACAGGAGAUACAGGUUGAGUGCAAAAAUUUGUUUGAAGCACCUGAACAAGACAAGCAGAUCAGAACUGUACUGACAAAAGGAGUUGCUGGCAUCGGAAAAUCAGUCUCUGUGCAGAAGUUUGUUCUGGAUUGGGCAGAAGGAAAAGAAAAUCAAGAUAUCAGCUUCAUAUUUCCUCUUCCAUUUAGAGAGAUGAACUUAAAGGAGCAAGAAAAACUAAGUUUGAUGGACCUCACAACUCAGUUUUUUCCCGAGACAAAAGGACUGAAGCUUACAAGAAGAAAUCAAUUCAAAGUCUUGUUCAUUCUUGAUGGUUUGGAUGAAUGUCGACUUCCCGUAAACUUUAAGGAUAAUGAGACGUGGUCUGAUGUGUCAUCACCAGCCUCUCUGGAUGUUCUCCUGACGAACCUCAUCAAGGGAAAUCUGCUUCCUUCUGCUCUCAUCUGGAUCACCAGCAGACCAGCAUCUGCCAGUAAGAUUCCUCCUGACUGUAUCGACCGGCUGACAGAGAUACGAGGAUUCAAUGAUGCACAAAAGGAGGAGUACUUCAGAAAAAGAUUCACGGAUGAGAAUCAGGCCAAAGAAAUCAUUGAUCAUGUUAAACAAUCAAAGAGUCUCUUUAUCAUGUGCCACAUCCCAGUCUUCUGCUGGAUUUCAGCCACUGUUCUCCAGAACAUUUUAGAGGAGAAAAGAAAUAAUGUUGUGAAAAACAAUCAGGCUGAUGAUGUCUCCAAAACUCUGCAGGAGUCAAAUACUGAAGACACUCCUAAGACUCUGACACAAAUGUACACACACUUUCUCAGAUUUCAGAUCCAGCAGAGCAGACGAAAGUAUGAUGGAGAAUAUACAGCAGAUGUUUCCUGGGAUAAAGAUGCCAUCUUUUCACUGGGGAAACUGGCAUUCGAUCAGCUGGAAAGAAACAAUGUGAUCUUCUAUGACACAGAUCUGGAAGCCUGUGGUAUUGACGUCUAUAAGGCAUCAGUGUACUCAGGCAUGUGUACCCAGAUCUUUAAGGAGGAAAUAGGGAUCCUUCUUGGUACCAUGUACUGCUUCGUUCACUUGAGCAUUCAAGAGUUUAUUGCAGCUCUUUAUGCACAUCUGUUUCUAGACAUCAACAUGAAAAAUGUGUUUGAUCAAGACUCUACAGAACAGAAAAACAAAAGUGAAACCAUUGAUUUGCUCAGGACUACAGUGGUCAAGGUGCUUGAGAGUGGCAGUGUUUAUCCGGACCAUUUCCUUCACUUUCUUCUCAGACUGUCACUUCAGUCGAAAAAAAACAUGAUUGAUUUGCUCAAGACUGCAGUGGACAAGGCAAUAGAGAGUGAUAAUGGACACCUGGAUCUUUUUCUUCGCUUCCUCCUUGGUUUGUCCCUCCAGUCCAAUCAGAGACUCUUACAGGGUCUGUUGAUGCAGGAAGACGACAAUGACCAGAGCAAAAAAGAAAUAGUUCAGUACAUCAAGCAGAAAUUUGAAGCUAAUCUGUCUCCAGAGAGAUCCAUCAAUCUGUUCUACUGUCUGAAUGAACUGAACGACCAAACUCUGGUGAAAGACAUUCAGACCCACCUUAGCAAAGGAAGUCUCUCAUCUGCUGAUCUUUCACCUGCCCAGUGGUCUGCUUUGGUCUUUGUGUUGUUGACAUCAGAGGAGGAGCUGGAGGAGUUUGAGCUUCAGAAAUUCAAGAAAUCAGACGAGUGUCUCAUUAGAUUAUCAGCAGUCAUCAAAACCUCCAAAAGAGCUCUGUAAGUUAUUUAAUAUAUU